CAGAUCCGAGAGCCUCGCGGGGUAUUUUGCAGCGAAGGGUGGAAGCGCGUCCGCCCUUUCUACAGUGCCCGAUUCUCCUCCCUCUCGACCCGCCCCUCCCUCGCUGCGAGCCUUAGGCCGAGCCUUUCCUGCAGUCCAAGAGGCUGCGAGGAAGCCUUGCACGGAGGGAGAUCGAGACCUGACUCCGGAGUUCAAUAUAUAAGUUGGAAAUCUUUCCUGGUUCCCUUGGAUUCCAAAGUAUCUUGUGUAGGAAGAGAGCUGAACGGCCUCUAGGAUACUUGGCCAGACAUCUUCUGAUUAGUAAAACAUGGGAGAUCCAUCCAUCCAUUUUGGAGCUGGAUUGGAAACCAGAGAGAAGAUAGAGGGACAAUGCUGUCAUUUCAAAAAAGUGCAGUUCCAGGAGGGGAAGAAUCCCCGAGAUGUUUGCAGUCAGCUUCACCACCUUUGCCGUCAAUGGCUGCAGCCGGAAAGACACACGAAGGCUCAGAUUCUGGACUUGGUGCUCCUGAAGCAAUUCCUGGCUGUCCUUCCCCCGGAGAUGGAGAAAUGGGUGCGGGAGUGUGGAGCAGAGACCACUUCCCAGGCGGUGGCCCUGGCCGAAGGCUUCCUUCUGGCCCAGGAGUCUGAAAAGAUGCAGAAAUCCUUGGAAGCUAUGACUGAGUAUCCCAAGGGGAGGCAAGAUUCAUUCCAAUCUUCUCAAGAGCUGUUGUUGAGAGAGACCUUACACAAAGAUCAAAACCAGGAUACCACGCCAGAGAGUAGAAAACUGUCCUUGGAAAUUUUUGAAUCAGUUCAUCUUCAUGGUGGCAAUGAAGGAUUGGCUGAACCACUACUUCAGGGUGGUGUGUCUUUUGAGGACGUGGCCGUGUAUUUCUCCAAGGAGGAGUGGUCUCAACUGGAUGCUAACCAAAAAGCGCUCCACAGAGAAGUCAUGCUGGAGAAUUCCAGGAAUCUGUCCUCUCUGGGCUAUAAUGGGCAGAAGAAUACGAAUUGUAAGGAGGAAUGCCAAGCGAUCCAUUCGAAAGAGGGGAAAGGGAAGCAAUAUCAAUGCAUAGAGUGUGGAAAGACCUUUACUCAUAGCAGUAGUCUCCAUUCCCAUAAGAGGAUCCACACAGGAGAGAAGCCUUAUCAAUGCAUGGAGUGUGGAAAGACGUUUAGUAGGAAAAACGUGCUGAUUCAGCAUAAAACUAUCCAUACAGAGGAUAAGUUAUAUCAAUGCAUGGAAUGUCGAAAGACUUUCUCUUAUCAUAACUCUUUUAUAAUCCAUCAAAGGAAUCACAAAGGAGAAAGGCCGUAUAAAUGCAUGGAGUGUGGAAAGGCCUUUACUUGCAGUAGUAGUCUCAAUUCCCAUAAGAGGAUCCACACAGGAGAGAAACCAUAUCAAUGCAUGGAGUGUGGAAAAACCUUUCCUUGUAACAGCCGUCUUAAUUCCCAUAAGAGGAUCCACACAGGAGAGAAGCCACAUCAAUGCAAGGAAUGUGAAAAGACCUUUUCUUAUUAUAGCUCUCUUAUAAUCCAUCAAAGGAAUCACAAAGGAGAAAGACCUUACAAAUGCAUGGAGUGUGGAAAGGCUUUUAGUAGUAGUAGUCAUCUUGCCUCCCAUAAGAGGAUCCACACAGGAGAGAAACCCUAUGAAUGCAUGGAGUGCGGAAACACCUUCCGUUAUUCUAAAUCUUAUAUAAGGCAUCAAAUGAAUCACAAAGGAGAAAGACCUUAUAAAUGCAUGGAGUGUGGAAAGAGCUUUACUUGUACCAGUCAUCUUAACACUCAUAAGAUGAUCCACAUAAUAGAGAAGCCAUAUCAUUGUGUGGAGUGUGGAAAGACCUUCUGUUAUAAUCGUUCUCUUAUAAUCCAUCAAAGGAUUCACAAAGGAGAAAGACCAUAUCAAUGCAUGGAUUGUAGAAAAACCUUUACUUGUACCAGUAGUCUUAAUUCCCACAAGAGGAUCCACACAAAAGAGAAACCAUAUCAAUGUGAGGAGUGUGGAAAGGUCUUUACUUGUACCAGUAGUCUUAAUUCCCACAAGAAAACCCACACACCAAAGAAGUCAUAUCAGUGCAUGGAGUGCAGAAAGAGCUUUAGUACGAAGUAUGCUCUGAUUCACCAUAAAACUAUCCAUACAGAGGAGAAGCCAUAUCAAUGCAUGGAGUGUAGAAAGACUUUCUGUUAUUAUGACUCUCUUAUAAGACAUCAAAGGAAUCACAAAAAAGAAAGACCUUAUAAAUGCAUGGAGUGUGGAAAGAGCUUUAGUUGCAGCAGACAUCUUGAUUCCCACAAGAAGAUCCACUCAGGAGAGAAGCCACAUAAAUGUGUAGAAUGUGGAAAGGGCUUUAGGUGGAAUUGUGCUCUUGCCGCCCAUAAAAGGACCCACACAGGGGAAAGACCAUAUCAGUGCAUAGAGUGUGGAAAGACCUUUACUUGUGGCAGUAAUCUUAAUUCCCACAAGAGGAUUCACACAAAAGAGAAACCAUAUCAAUGUGAGGAAUGUGGGAAGAUCUUUACUCAUAGCAGUAGUCUUCAUAGCCACAAGAGGAUCCACACAGGAGAGAAGCCAUAUCAAUGCAUGGAGUGUGGAAAGAGCUUUAGUAGGAAAUACGCUCUUACCACACAUAAAAGGAUCCACACAGGGGAAAAACCAUAUCAAUAAAGGGAAGUGUGAGAAGUGGUUUCACAGAAAUCUGUGUUGUCCUCCGUGUAUGUCUGCAAUUGAGCCCAAAAUUUCUGUUGCUAAGUAAGACAGUUAUUGAGUUUUCCCCACUUUAUGACCUUUUUCUGCCCCAUGUGAAUCGCUUUUGGUAAGUUAGUAAGUCUGUUGUGAAAUGAAUCUGGCUUCCCUAUUGACUUUGCUUGUCCGAAAGUCAAAACAGGGGAUCACAUGUCCCGGGAACACCUCAACUCUCAUAAAUAUGGGUCUGUGGCCAAGCCACAGACAGAAAUUUGAUCAGAUGACUAUGGGGACGCUGCAAGUCAUAAAUAUGAAAAAUGAUCAUGUCAUUUUUUUCAGUGCUUCUGUGACUGAAUAAUCACUAAAUGAACUGUUGUAAAUUGAGGACUACCUAUAAUUGUCUAAAAUCCCAUGCAAGGACCAUUUGAGUAAUAAUCCAAAUAACUUGUAGACCUUAGAUAUGCAUGCCUAAAUCGCCUUUCUAGUGCAAACCAGAAGAAGGUACAUCCUUAAUCCUGCUUGUGGUUUUUGCAAGGUUCAAUUAAUCAAAGGCCUUAUUUGCAUGUAGAAAGAUUCCUGAUUGUUUUUCAUUAUAUUGUUUCAAAUAUUCCAAAAUAUCAAACACAAUUAUCACAUUAUUCCUCAACUAUCCUUUAGGUUUUAAAAAAAAUCUAAUACCUCUUGCUGAUGCCUCAGUAUUUCAGUUCUGGUAGUCAGCCAAGGUUCUGGAUUUAGCUCUUUUUCUGUCUGUUCUACCUUUUCAUCCCUUCUUGUCUUUUGAAGGCUAGAAUGAGAAGUCUGAUUUCUGCAUCCAGAAUGUUGGCUGUUCUUUGCAAUGUUUGCGAGUGCCAAAUUCCUUCCUUUCAGCAGCUAACAUUUCUUUUCAUACACAGUACUCAAUGAGUCCCAUGAGUCAGAAGUGAUCCCGCCACUGCCACCAAUGUGUCAUGGGUUCUUUUUAAACCAUACCUAGUCUGAUUGACUUGAGCUCAAAAGAUCCAUUAAAAGUAUGGAUUUUAGACAAUUUAAACUUUCUGUCUCCUAUAAGAGUUGUGGAGAUGUUUUAUUUUGAAAAAUAUCCAAGAUACAAAAGUGAAACAUACAAACCACAUAUAAAUUCUUACUAUGUUUGAUCUCUUAUGCUAGCUAUUUAGUAAAUUGACAUUAUAUGAUGUCCUCUAUAAUAUAAUAUCACUUUACUAUAUACUAUUGUCUACCUAUGUUAUUUUAUACAUUUCUACAGCAACUGUAUUGUUAAAUAUUGCUACUAUACUUGUGGAAUGGAAUGGAAUGGUGUGUGUGAAUGAUAGUGUGAUUGCGCACACAAGAAAUUUGUCUCUGGUGCAUAAGCUCAUUGUA